UCCAAAAAGAGAAAAAACAGUAAAUUAUUCAAAACAAAGUCUCUCUUGACAGAGAAGAAUAGGCCUGGCUCCCCACUCCAAUUUCACUCAAAAUUUCAAUUUAUUUUCUAAUUAUUAAGCUAAAUUUCUCAAAAUCACAAGUUAAAGAGAAUGUUCGAGCCACAGCACUUUCUAGAUUUGCAGGAUAAUUCGACGUCGUUUGGGGACCCAAAAUCCUGGCUCAUCGGAGACGACAACUCUUCCCCAUCUCAGCAUCGAACUCAGCCCUCUCUCGGAACAGCUAACAGUAACGUGGAUCGCGUCCUUUUCAAGGACCUCGUCGAGAUUGUGCCUCUCGUCCAGUCCCUCAUCGAUCGGAAAGCGAACAGUUCAUUUACUCGCCGUGGUUCUGUGUAUUACACCAAGACGCCCUCAAGAGAAUCCUUAUCCAAAAAAGUAGAUCCAAAAGGUAGGAAUGUGGCUCAGUCCCUUCCCCCAAAGAAGAAGAAGGACCAUGGAGAUAAAGAGCUAGGUAAGAAUGCUAACAGUAACCAAGAUGCCGAUAGUUUUUCAAUAUUUUCUUCCAGGGCUUUGGGAUCUGAAAAAGAAAAUAAAGAGUUGGUUGCAUUGAGAGAAGAAGUAGAGGAUCUGCGGAGAAAGUUAUUGGAGAAGGAUGAACUACUGAAAUCAGCAGAGAGUUCGAUAAGUGAGAUGAAUGCUGUACAUGUGAAACUUGAUGAACUGAAACUUCAGGUUGCAGAGAAGGACUCUUUAGUUAAGUCGACACAGUUACAACUUUCUGAUGCUAAGAUAAAGCUUGCAGAUAAGCAAGCCAUGCUGGAGAGGAUACAAUGGGAAGCAAUGAUGGCAAAUAAGAAAGUGGAGAAGCUCCAGGAAGAACUAGAUUCCAUGCAAGGAGAGAUCACAUCGAUUAUGCAGUUAUUCAAAGGCAUUAUUAAGAAAGAUUCUACUAUUGAUGCUGAUGAUGAUUAUGAUGUUGCACCAUAUUAUCGUGAUCGUCUUUCUGAUACUGAUGAUGUAGAUGACACGGAGACACAGAAAAUUGAAGAAGCUAGGGAGGCGUACAUCGCUGCUGUUGCCGCUGCAAAGAAUAAACAAGAUGAAGAAUCUAUUGCAGCUGCAGCCAGCGCAAGAUUGUAUCUUCAAUCAAUUGUCUUCAAAUCCAACAACUUCUCCAUCUUUAGGACUUCAGAAGCUCCUUCGAAAGCCUUUGCAUGCUAGCUCAUUCACGAUCUGGUAUCAAAUGUUUGUAAAGGUCACACUUACCUUCCUUCAACUUUUAUGGCUUCUCUAGUCGGAACUGUGACUUGUUAGUAAUGUAAGGUUCAUUCAUGUUGUUAAUAGCUUCUGAUGAGAACACAUGUAUGGAAUUUUUUUGUCAAUAUGGGCAGUUUGAAAAAUGUUGAUAAUAACA